UUUACACCCAGCCGCCCUCGCUCCCCGUCCUCAUCUCCACUCCUCGUAGCACUGAGGGAGAAGCGAACGAGAGAGCGGGUGAAAGAGAGAACAGAAGAAGAAGAUAGCUGCGAUCAUGGGCCAUCAGGAUAAAAAGGGAGGAGGAGAGGACGGAACGAUCACCGUUGUCUUGAACGUCGACCUCCAUUGCGAGGGAUGCGCCGAGAAGUUAAAGAAAUCCGUCGAGGGAUUCGAUGGUAAUCUCCUCUUGAUUUCCCUGGAUCCAUCUCGAAGCGCUUUGGUUCGAUUUGUCCGACCGUGGAAUGUCUACAAUUGUACAGGGGUGGAACGGGUGAAGGCGGACAUCGGUGAUGGGAAGCUGACGGUGGUGGGGAAGGUGGAUCCGUCGAAGCUCCGCGAUCGGGUGGCCGCCAAAACCCAUAAGGAGGUCGACCUCGUCUCCCCCACCAAAACCGUAAAAAAGGGCGCCGGCGACUCCGAAAAGCCCCCCGCCGAGAAGGACUCCAACGAGUGCUACUGGACAACAUGCACGGUGCAUGGGGUUUCGACGGUGGUGCUGAAGACUCGCAUCCACUGCGAUGACUGCAGCAAACGGAUUAGAAGGAUGAUUUGCAACAUUAAGGGAGUGCGGUGGGUGAUGGUGGACGCGCAGAAGGGUCUGGUGACCGUGAAGGGGACGAUGGACGUCCAGGAGCUGCCUGAGGUGCUCAAGCGGAAGCUGAAUCAGCAGGUGGACACUGUGCCGCCGAAGAAGGACGACGGCGGGGAGAAGAAGGACGAGGGUGGCGACAAGAAGGGGAAGGGCGGCGAGAAGGAGAGGAGCGGCAAGAAGGAGACCGUCGUCGGCGGUGGUGGCGGCGGCGGAGGACGGAUGAACGACGGCGGGAAAGCGGAGGCGAAUCGGAUGGAGUACUACGCGGGGUACACUUACGGCAUCGAGAAGGAGAACGGCGGCCAGAAGGAGACCGUUGCCGGCGGCGGCGGCGGCGGAGGAUGGAAGGACGACGGCGGGAAAGCAGAGGCGAAUCGGACGGAGUACUCCGCUGGGUACACUUACCGCAUCGAGAUGGUGCACGCGCCCGAGCUGUUCAGCGACGAGAACCCCAACGCCUGCUCCGUUAUGUGAAACGGAAACGGAAACGGUUUUAUAUUUUUCUAAUUUGGGUGGUUUAGUUUUUCCUUUAUUGGAAAAACCCCUUAAAAUAAAAUAUAAUUAAAGAAAAUAGAGAAAAUAAGAUGUUGAUGCAAAUCCUUUAAAUGUUGUAUGGGAAGAGAUGAUAUUUUAGAUUAUCUUAGUGAUGUAAGUUAAGUGAUGUGAUUAUCUUGUUUGGCAUUAUAAAAUUUCAUCCAGUGAUGAAGGGUCAGUGAUAAAUUCGGCAAUAUUAUUACUGCU